AUUUGUUCAUCAGCUCUAACAGAACACACUAUUUAAAGUAAAGAAAGCUUUUCUUAAUUGGUAACUCAGUUUACUAGCGAUGAAGAUAUUUACAGCAAUAUGUAUGGCACUAAUACUAACAAUGAUCCCAGGAGAGAGUGAAGGAAUUGUUGAGUAUUCACGUGGUAGACUUACAACAGUGACUCCAGCCUUCAUAGAUUCGCCAGAAGAGAAGAAAGAAGCCUUCUUCAAAAUACCAACAUCUAAACGUGACCCUUUGUUUAAGGAGUUCAAGUACUACCAUGUCGUUAUAAACUUACCAGUCAAAUUUUACUGUUACCCGAAUGAUCCUAGCUUCUGCCUCAUCUUUGACUAUAUGGGCACGAUAGCUGGUAUACAAAUUGGAUACUUAGAACAACAUGCGAAAGAAGUCGAUCCGAUUGAUUACAACUUUGAAAAUAAUACCAAUUAUAUUAAAACGAAGAUCUGUAACAAAAGUAUUUACGCCGUGAGAAUAUGGUUCACUAACCCAGAGGAGCUGAAGGAAUGUGGUCGCACUGAUCAUUCUGAGGUCAUUGAAGGCCUUUGGACAUACGUAGAUGGCCACUUGAUGAGGUUCGACCAAAGAUGUCAAACAGUCGGACCAUCAAUCGGCUGCUUCGACCUCCAAGGGUGCGUUCCUAUGAAAGGAACACUUUACAUCUACAAUUUCAACAAAUACUCUUCUUGCAAAUUCGCCUUCUUCCUCUUUUUAAUCUAUGACCGGCACUCCCUGGUCGGUGUCGGGCACGCAGCUCCUGGUAAUUUUCCUCCAGGACCGCACAGAGACUGGUUUGAUCGUCCUAAAGGUGAAAAGUUAGCGCAAAUAACUCCUUCAGUGCCUCAUUGCUUCGCCCAUCUUCUCAAGUAUGGCCUUACUUCCAGCGUAACUUUCUUGAUUGACGAUCCGCAUAACAUCAAAUGCCCAGUAUGUGGCUGCUAAGAGUUACAACAGCACUCCGUUUCUACAUUAAUAUAUUAAAUAUGAAAAUAAAAAAUUCUUGUAAAUGA